AUGCCUAACAUGCAGUUAAGAGGUGAAUGGCAAAAACUUUGCUGGAAAUGUCAAUACAAAAAAACUGUUGCUCAUGGACACGGAGAAAGUGUUUCUGAAAAGAACUGUGUGAGCAGCUUGUUUGUAGUGACAUUUAUGACAAAGUUUUUGACUUUUGAAAAAAAAAGAAAGCUGGAGAAAAAGGAACCUGUUGAAGAUCAACCUGUAGAAGAGUAUGACUGGGAGCUCUUGGCUUUAGAUACAGAUAUGAUGAUUGCUGUACCAGACGCAGGAAAAAAUUUGCAUGGACUCUACAGAGGAGACUCGAGAUCAUUGAUUAUAUGCAACAAGAGAAAAAUGAAAGAAGAACUUGAGGCAAAUAAAGACAAGAAGGUCAGAACGCUUGCUGAUUUCAGUUUCUCGGUUCCUGUUGCACCAGUUUCGCCUGUAACAGAAGAAUUAACUGUAUACAAGCAAUCAAAAGAUGAGGAACUUGAAGAGAUUCGUGAAGCUUGUGAGAAAAUCUCUGAGAUGAUAAAGCCUCCAGUCAGUUCAGAUAGCGAGUUGGGCAAGUUUGCUUUGUUUGAAAAAAUCGAGGCAUCUGAAAAAGCAGCAGAGAUUUUUUGGACAACACCUUCCAAGUACCAUGAAGAGGCUGUCUGCAGUUGGGUCAAAGAAUUUCUUCAGCUUGGCAAAAUUUCUGAACAUCAACAGGGCAAGCAUGCCAAGCAGUCUUCAAUUGUAGACAAUGAAAACCUUAAAAGAAAGCAAUCGUUUGGCUUUGUGCUCAAAAAGCAGAAAGACGAACUGUUGUGGAUUUGA